AUGUCCUCUGGCCCGGGGCCGACGCUGGCUCAUCGUAGCGUCGCCAGCAUCCGCUCAGCCCCGAUCCUCCAAGAGCCACAUACGCCGCCGCGAACAAUCUCCAAUACUUACGGCUCGCCGGCCACCAUCAGGGCCGAUGACGACUUUCUGAUUAUCCAGAUAGGCUCACGGUUUGUCCGGGCCGGAUUCGCGGGGGACAACCAGCCCAAGGCGGUGCUCACGUGUGGGCCCAAGGACCAGCGACGGGCAGGCGAUUUCAGGGAUUGGCAGCCGGCUGGCGAUGUCGACCUUCAGUCGGGGGAUAAGGAUUAUGAGCUAUGGCGGUAUGACCUGAGAGAGGUCGAUCUUGGGCUUGUUUAUGACAAGCUGGACCGUCUGCUCAGAGAUGCGUUUGGGAGGUGUUUGCUGAUUGACUCUCGGCCAAGGCGAGCAGGCCUCGUUCUUGACUCUGGGGUGCCAAUCCCAAUCUUGUCCACUGUGCUGGACCUCUUUUUCAAGGGCUUUCAAACACCAAUGAUCUCUCUCAUGUCCUCGGCUGUCAUGUCUGUAGUGGCGGCUGGAAUCCGCUCAGGACUGGUCAUAGACAUGGGCUGGGCCGAGACGGUAGUCACCAGUGUCUAUGAGUACCGGGAGGUCAAAUGCACGCGUACCAUAAGAGGAGGGAGAUAUCUCAACAACCUCCUGUACAGGCUUCUUCACAAAAUCUUGACUGACAAGGAGGAGGAAGACGGAGGCGCCCGAGUCAUCAGCUUUGCCGAGUGCGAGGAUAUCAUGUGCCGCCUGAUGUGGUGCCGGCCGCCGGCAUCCAAGUCACCUCAGGCACAGAAGCCGGCUCAACGACAGUCACAGCAGUUGGACACGGUGGAGGAGCAGGACGAGUCGGAACCCGAGCCCGAACAUUCUCUGCAAAACAGUGUGGCAAGCAUCCCGCUGAGGUCCAUCGAUCCACCUAGGACGCUUGAAGUGCCAUUUGAUAAGAUUGCUGAUGUGUGCGACGAUACAUUCUUUGAUCUGUCAAUUGCACAUGGCGCAUUUGAUGACGAGGAUUUCCCCGUCCAUCUGCUCAUCUAUCGCCAUCUGCUACAGCUACCAAUGGAUGUGAGGGCCGUCUGCAUGCCUCGCAUAAUCUUCACGGGUGGCUGCUCCAACAUUCUAGGCAUCAAGGGGCGCAUCAUGGAAGAAGUCACAAGCAUGGUGAAGCGAAAAGGGUGGGCCAACGUCUCUGGAAAGCACGUGGAAGAGUCACGAAACAGCCAAUUUUCUGAUCGAAGGGCGAGCAUAGCUAGAUCGGUCAGCUCAACAGCGACUGCGUCUGACCUUGGAGAAGAACAAGAGUCCUCACGGCCAAGCUCGAUAGCUUCACAGUCGGAUAUCGCGGAUCCCAUCGAGGCAAAGGUGGCACGCCAUCGGCCGCAGAUUUCGCAAAUGCAAGGCGAAUUCCGCACUCUUCACUCUCUUGGACCGUGGGCUGGAGCAAGCUUAGUUUCCCAGCUCAAGAUUCCCGCCAUGGCCACGGUGGACCGCGAGUUGUGGCUGCAGCAGGGUGCUUAUGGCGCGUCGCGUCCGAAUGAAAUCGACGUCAAGGCGCAGCAACGGCAGAGCAUGGGCGCAGGAGGCUUUAUUCGCGGCAGCGGAGGCCAUCAUACCAACUGGACGCUAGGAGCCUGGGGCAACGUGUGA